AUGUGGUUCUGGUGGUUUGGCAUGCUUGUCGUAUCAGGCGUAAGUGACGCCAAGGCGCAAAACAUUCAGUCGGCUCUAAAAGCGAAAAAUAUGCAAAGAAAAACAAAAAAAAGACAUUUCUUUCAAAGUCUGGUUUUUCUUCUCAUCAAAGCACUACAAGAAAUAAAGAUAUUUCCUGCUGUAUCAUACAUACUCUUCUUCUUCUAUAUUUCUCGCAUUUUUCAUGCUCUUCCUCCAAGAACUGCUGAACGUCGUGUUCUAACUGUGGACCACGAUGGGAACGUCGUUAGCGAAAGACGAAAUGAUGGCGUAUCGCGGAAGAGUCACCGAAGGAUUCCGAAACAAAUCAGCCGUAGAAUUGAACAGCGAAUUCAAGUGCAAAGGUUCUCUCGUCCACCUCAAGCAUUGCUUUUAAGACGACCACUCACCCGUAUCGAGCCAAACACUCCGACACCGCGCAGAUCAUCGUCGCCACGAGACGAUGAGAUUUCAUGGCGCACACGGACUCGAACAAUUCUAAGCUCAUUGCCUAACUCCGCUAACCUACCACUGACGAGAUCAACCCGAAUUCGACGACCACUUCCAGCAUUCACUCGAGAGCCGUCGCCGCGACAUCGAGGUCAUUCGUCCCGACGAAUUGUGGACAACGGACUGAGAAGGAUCACUAUUCCACUACCGCAUGAGCCUCCUCGCUGGACUAGCCGACCUCUAAUUCGAUUCUCCCGUCCUACUACUAAUAAAAAAUUAACGGCUAAUGACAGAAUUCUGCCACGACCGAAAUCUGGUGAAGAUCGACCAGUUUUAGCACGACGACCAUUUGACCUAUCGGAUACCGAUAUCGAAAGAGCUGUCAUAAAGGCGAUCCUAGAAUCAUCAACUGCUGCGUCUAAAAAGAAGUCACGGCUCCGACGACCUAAUCUUCACGCUAAUCCAAGCACAGACGAAUUUAAUAACAAUCGAGUAUCGCAAAUCACAUUCACACCUACAGGAGUCUCGAAUACUGCUCAAACAAGGAAACCAUUCACAACAACGCUUGGCAACUCGUUCACAGCCGGGGAUGCAGAGUUUAGCGAGCCAUUCAUUCCACUUCUCACGACAACACCAACAGUACUUCCUCAUUUCGAAAGAACCUCAGUUACAAAGAGCUCAUUCCCGCUCUCAACCUCUCGGAGGGUUACUCUCGUUUUCGACAAAGGUCACACCUCACAACAAAGAUCAAGAAGUCGUCCUCUUCACAAGCACAGUAGUCUGUCUUCGUCUCUUCUCCAUACUAGCACUACAACUAUGGAGAAAGUUUCAUUCACUACGGAAUCUCCAACAACAACAACAACAACAACAACAACAACGGCAAUAACAACAACACCAGUAACAACAACACCAACAACAACAGCAUUGCCUUUCCAGACGCCAGUAACCACUAGCGUAAGUCCCAGCAGCGCGCUGUUAACCACUGGACAAGAGGAAGUCACUUCACAUCGAACGCUAUCCACUAUUUUCACGACUCCAUCAACAGCUCAGACUAAUAAAAUAAUAUUGAUGGAGUUGACCCCAGCGUUGCUACUAACGAUAAAUCCAGAAGAAUCGCAGCCAAUGAGCACAACAUUCUCUAGCAGCUCCGAUUUCGAUGAAGAGAGCACCAGUUUGAAUUUGGCAACAAUUCCCUCUUCUGAUGAUACCUCAACAACCAUUCAAACUUUCGUAGGUGAUACUGAUUCUGGGGAAUUUGCCAAAACAACAACAUUUGCUAGAAGUAGAGGUGUAUCGAAAGAAAAAGACGCAUUGACUAAGAGCACUGAAACAUCGUCGAAGCCUGACAGCAAGUCUCAAGACGACCUGCUGGAUGACGCCGACGCAAAAACUCUGUCCUCAGAGCAGAUGAGAAGACCCACAGCCACGCCAUCUCCACUAAUCACCCAGGCAGAAAACCAGACAAGUCAAAAUGGCGGCGAGCUCAAAGAGGAGUUGAACAAAAAUAUUAUCGAGGGUGAACCAUUUACGGUAAUGCCACCAUCGCCAAUACUCUCGACGACGACUCUAUCCAUACAAGAAAUCGGAGCUCCUGGAGCUGAACCGCCAAAUGAUUCUGUUGUUGCAGAACUAAAUAACGCGGAAAAUUUCAUGGAGGUCGCCCGUCGGCUACAACUUUUAAGAACGAACUUCUCACGAGACCGGCAUCGAACAUAA